AUGUUGAGCAAGAGGUUCCUAUUUGCGUUGGGAGUUUUGGUGGUAGCUGCCUGCAUCGAGGCCAGGGAGGAGGGCCCUCAUGAUAUGGCGGAUGCACUCCGUAUGCUGCAAGAGCUUGACCGGUACUAUACACAGGCUUCUAGACCGAGGAUUGACCGCCGCGACGUAGCGGAAAUGGAUCGGGUCGACCCAGACUUGUUAGAUCGUGCUGUGCGGCUCCUACAGCUGCAGAAACUAGACCGCAUUUACUCCUACCACACUCGACCAAGGUUUGGAAAACGAUCGGAGACUUAUUCAAACUGGGGAAAGGAACUUGAAAAGCAAGACAUACCAGCCUGGUUGGCAUAUGCUAGAAGGAGAUGA